GUGUGUUGUGGUGCGGUGUAUGUCCAGGAAGCGUCGUCCUAGGCGGCUCACUCGUCAAACGGCGUCAUUAAAUAUUGAUAAUUUGAAACAAAAAUUUGUUUCUCAUAUUUUUCAAAAUUGAAUAUUCUUUUUUUUUUGAAAAAAAAAGAAGAGAAAGAAAAAAAAGUGUAUUUUGUGAUGAGUCGGUUCUUCUUUUAGCUUAGUGUGUGUGUGUAUGUGAGCGCGACGACGACGACGACGGGCAAGAGCGGCGGAAAAAUGGCGUCCGAUAACGAAGCCUCCUGCGUGAGUGACCCAAAUUUCGCUGUGAUUUGUUCGUUUCUCGAUUGUUUUGGCAAAAGUUGCGGCAUUGAGUAUCCGGAUAUUUCCCAGCUUCAAGAAAUGCUUGAUAACACACAAGAAGUGCCACAGCCUUUAAUAGAUUUACAUAUAAAAUUGUUGCGAAAAACAAGAAAAACUGUCACUGUUGACAAAUGGGAAAGGGCUUUAGUAAAAUUCUGUCAUACCUAUUCUAAUCAAGAUGGUUGGGAAUUGGAGCGUUUUGGAUAUAAAAAAUCACGUGUUGCUGUAAAAUUACGCAUACUAAAGGGUCUUUUGGAAUCGCAAUUUGAUUUUAAUCAAAAAUUCAAGAACGAAUUGAAUAAACAAACAGGAAGUGAACUGAGAUUAGAACCUUUAGGAAGAGACAAAACUGGACUUUCUUAUUGGUGUCAACUUGAUGAGGAUUGUAACAUAAGAAUUUAUCGCGAAGAUUUAGAGGAAGAAAAUUGGGAACUUGUUGCCCAGAAUCGUGAAGGAAUAGUUAAUCUCAUAAGUUCCUUAUCGAAUGGUGAAAUAAUUCCUCUAAAUGAAGACAGCAGUAGUUUAGAAACAUUGGAGAAACCUACAAUUGACACAGGUCAAGAACCAGCAGCUAAUGAUGAAGAGGAAGAGGAGGAGGAGGAAGAAGAAGAAGAAGACGAAGAAGAAGAAGAAGAAGAAGAGGAAAAAUCUAAUCCCGAGAAACAAAAAGUCCCCGAAGUUGAGAAAAUUGAGGAAUCAAAUUUAAAAAAUGACAAGAAAUCGAGUGAAACUAAAUCAUUAAAUGAAGAUACUACAGAAAAGAAAGUGGAACUUCCAAAAGAAGAAAGUAAUAAAAAAGAAAUUCAACAAUUAACGAAAGAAAACAAACCCGAAGAAUCAAAAGUUCCCGAAGUAGUGGAGAAUUUAAAAGAAGAAGAAGAAAAAGAAAAGAAAGAAAUUUCUAAUAAAUUAGUUGAAAAUACAAAAGAAAUUGUGAACAAAAAUAAAUCCGACAAUGAUAAUGAGAAUCGAAAGAAAACUGAGAGUAAUAAAAAUAUCGAUGAACCAAAAUCAAUAGAAACACCUGUAAUAAUAACAUCACCUUUAAAAUUAAAUCAUCACGAGGUAAAAAAAACAGAGGCAAAAAUCUCUAAACCAAUUGUUGAGGAAACAACUGAUUCUUUAAUGAAAUCCCUUGAGAAACUUUCCGGUAAAACAAGUGGUAAUGUUCUUGAAACAUCAUCAAUUCUUCACAAUAAACAUUCAAUAAAACCAAUUGAUAAAUUAGCCGCUAAUCUUGUUAGGAUACAAUCGGAAAAAUUGGAAAAGCCAAUUAAAUCACUUGAGAAGAUAGCUGAGAAUUUGGCAAAAUCAAAUCAAGCAAUUUUAACAAGCACAGAAGAAUUUCCACAGGAUUUUUGUUCGCGUAAUUCCGAUAAAUCAUUGAAACAAACGAAUCGACGAGUAGGUGGAGGUGGAGGAAUUGAUCUCUCAACAUCGCCACGUGGUUGGGAAACUGCAAACGAUCAUAAUAGGCCUGUUGAUUUUUCAGGAAUCGAUCUCUCUAGUCGUAAAACAAAUUAUCGUGUUCAGGACAAUGAUGUUCAACACAAGGAAAUUGAUUUGAGCACAAAAAAAACAAAACAACAGGACGUUCCAAUUGCUUAUGAUGCGCGCGCUGUAAUGAUGCGAAAUCAUGCAAUGGUCGCCGAUCUCAGUAAACGACAAAUGUCCUUUACAAAUUAUGAUCAUCCACCAUAUCACAGUACAGGACGAACGCCAACAAAAGAUGAACAUCGAUUACCAAGUUAUAGUAUUGUUCCCGAUCCAAGUAAACUCGCAACACUUCGUAUGGGAACAAUGAAACGAAAUCAUGAACAAGAAUUGGUGCAAAAUGAUCAUGUGAAGAGACAUAGGCCUGAUGUGAUUCCAAUUCGACCAAGCAACGAAAAGAGACAAUGGAGAGAUAAUGUUGGUGAAGCAAUUGAAGAACCAUUAAUGAUGGUACAUGGCGAAGGAUCAGGUAGUGAUUGUGAUGCUGUUAAUCCAAUAAUAAUUGAAGACGAAAUCAUCGAAACAACCAUGUAUUUUUAUGGUGAAGGUUCAGGUGCUGAUUGUGAUACAGGUAAUCCCGGCGAUGAUGCUUCCGACAAUAAAGAAACUAAUGAAUCAAAAAAAAUUGAUGACAACGCUCUUCCACCUAAUAAUAUAACGAAAAUCAAUCGAAAUUGUUCACAAUCAGAGGAGAAUUGUCAACCAAAAUUUAAGCCAUCACUUGGCAUUCAAGUAAUUCCAAAAUCAUCGACAUCGCCUCUAAAAAGGAUAUCAAGAUGGGACGUUGGUGGACCCGAGAAAAAGGAAACUGAAGAGAACAUAUCAAAUGAAAAUAAAAAUCUUGAGAAUGAUAGAGUAAAUUUCAAAAAUUUUGACGAACAAAAUGAAGUGAAAUCAGUGGAAAAUCGUUUAUCACCGCCGAAAUUUUUCUUUGGGCCAAAUUGUGUUUCGUUUACAUCGAAAAACGAAGACGAAGUCGAUCGUGUUGUUGUGAAUGAAAGUGAAAGCGAAACACAAAAGAAUUUUGUCACCAAGGAUAAUAAUAAUCAUAAUAAGCAAGAAAAAUUAGUUUCUAUAUCGACAAACGUUAAUGAGAGGAUUGUUUUUGAAAAUAAAGACAAUAUUGAAAUAAAAAAUGAUCUCGACACUGAGGAUCAUCGUAUUGAUUUAAAAAAUGAUGUUGAAAAUGAAAUUAUUGCUGAGAAUCAGGAAAAUGCAAAUGUAAAUUUUGAAAUUCCUUGUGCUUCACGUGAUGAGAAAAAUUUUCUCUCUCAACAAAAGGAAGAGGGAGAAAAUGAUUCUAAAUCGAGAAAUGAAUCAAAUCUUAAAAAUGUGGAUUCAAAAAAUUCUACAAAUCCCAAUGAUUUAAGAAUUUCUUCAAUAAUCGAUUCUGAGGCAUCAUCUAGUAAUAAAUUAAAUGUGGAAACAAUUCAAGAAACGGAAUUAUCAUCAAAAAGUAGUGAAAUUGAAUUAAUAAUAUCGAAAAAUAAUGAAAUUAAUAAACAAGAUGAUGCAAAUUAUUCACCAGAAUCUUUCACCAAAGAUCUUGAUAAUGAAGAUGAAAAUUUUUCUCCCCUCCCAACGGGAACAAUUCAAAAAAAUGAAACAACUUUAGAACAAGUUGAAGAUAAUUUUGAACAAGAAUUAAAAAAAGUUGAACAAGAAAUUGAGAAUUUGGAACAAACGAAAGAAAAUUUGAUAUUAAAUGACGAUUAUCAGGAAAGUUCAAAUAUAACAGAAGAAAUAGAUUUUGAUGAAGAAACAAUUAAAUCAAAAGAAGAUGAUAAUCGAGAUAAAUCAAAUAAAAUUGACAAAGAGCCAAAAGCUGAAGGAACAAGUUUUGUCAUUGAAACAACAAAAGAGGAGAAAAUUUUAGAGGAAAAAAAUUUGUGCAACGAAAUGAAUGAAGAAAAUUUUGAUGCUCCUGUAAUUGAAGAGAAAAACUCUGAUAACUUGAUUCCAGAAGAACGAAUUUUAGAAGAAAAGGACUCAAUUUUAGAGGAGAAGAUAGAAAGUUCACUAUUGGAAGAAAAAAUUGAAGAUUCACUUUUAGAAGAAAAAACUGAAGAUUCACUUUUAGAGGAGAAAACUGAAGAUUCAGUUUUAGAUGAAAAAAUUGAAGAUUCAAUUCUCGAAGAAAAAACUGAGGAUUCAAUUUUAGAAGAAGAAACAGAAGAUUCAAUUCUCGAAGAAAAAAAUGAAGAUUCAAUUCUAGAAGAGAAAAAUAUCGAUGAUACACUUUCAAAAGAAAAGCAAUUAGAAGAUUUACUUUUAGAAGAAAAAGUAGAAGAUUCAGUGUUAGAUGAAAAAGCAGAAGAUUUACUAUUAGAAGAUAAGGAUAUAUUUUCAAAUGAGAAAGAUGAUACGAACGUGACUGAAAAUAUCAUAAAAGAUUUAGAGGAAAAAGUUUUAAUUGAAAAAUCAGAAAUAUUUCCAAUGAAAAAUGAUGAUUCAAAAUUAGUUGAUUCUUCAAUUGAAAUACCUCAACAAUUCGAGGCUGAGAAAGAGGAUAUUUCAAUAAUUUCUAAAGAAAAUGUUCCCAAGGAUAUUGAUACGACAGAAGAUAGAGGAUUAUUACAAAAAGAAAAAGAAGAAGAAGAAGAAAGCAACAUUGAAUCAAUAUCACAAAUAGAAACAAUGGAAGAAUCAAAUUUGUCAAGCAAAAACGAGGAAAGUGUAGAAAUGUUAAAUCUUUCUAAGGAAAAAUUGGAAAUAACUGAGAAAUCGAAUAUUCUCGAAGAAUCAAAUUUGACAGAAGUGAAAGAGGAAUUGAAUGUUUUAGAAAGUAAAAAUACGUUAAAUCUUCGGGAGGAAAAAGAAGACGAACAAGAAUUGAAUAUUUCAGAGAGUGGAGAAAUUUCAAAUUUGUCUGAAGAAAAAGAGGAAUUGACAAUUCAACAAAGUCAAGAAAAAAUGUCAAAUCUUCCAGAAACUUUAGAUGAAACGAAUUUGUCGGAAAAAUUAAAUACACCAAAAGAAGAAAAAGAGGAAUUGAAUAUUCAAGAAAGUGAAAAAUUGUCAAAUCUUCCAGAAGAAUUGAAUCUGUCAGAAAAAUUAAAUUCACCAGAUGAAAAAGAGGAAUUGAAUAUUUCAGAAAGUGAGAAAUUGUCAAAUCUUCUGGAAACAACAGAAGAAUCGAAUCUGUCAGAAACUUUAAAUUCACCAGAUGAAAAAGAGGAAUUGAAUAUUUCUAAAAGCGAAACGAUUGUUUUAGAAAAAUUAAAUUCACCUGAAGAAAUGGAGGAAUUAAAUAAUCAAGAAAAUAAAAUGGAAAUUAUUUCCGAAAAUAUUGAAAAUACAAAUUCUUCUGUAAAUUUAAAAAAUGACGAUCAACCAGAAUCAACAACAACAGAGGAAUUGAAUUUGCCUAAAGAAUCGAUUUUGUCCUUAGAUUCUGAAAAAUUGGAUCUUCCAAAAAAUGAUGAUGUUAAAGAAAUGAAUUUUUCUGAAAAUAGUGCUAAAAAAAUGGAAGAAAAGGAAAAUUUAACAGAGAAGAAAUCACAAAAACUAAUUGAAUCUAAAUCGCUCGUUGGGGAUUACGAUAGUGAUAAUGAAAGUGAAAAUGACUUUGAUAAUGACAAUGUCGAAUACAAAUCACCUGAAGAUCGUGAAGAUGAAAUUUUAUGUAAUGAUGUCAAUAUUCCAUCAAGUAUUGCAACAAUUACUACCAAAGAUGUAUCAGAAUCAAAUAUUCAUAAGAAAAUUGAGUGCACCAAUGUUGAUACAAUGGAAAUUAAGAAUAUUGAAUCUGCAACGAAUGUUGAAUCUCCAAUGAAAAUUGAAGAUAAAAAUCAACUGGAAUCGACAAUGGAAAUUGAAGAUUCGAAAAUAAUUGAAUCACCAAUAGAAAUUGUCAAUGAAAAAGAAAUUGAAUCCCCAACGAAAUUUGUUGAUGAUACAAAAAAUGUUGAAACAUCAACAAAAUUGAAAGAUGUAAAAGAAAUUGAUAGUGAUGCUAAUAAAAAUAUUCAAGAAAAAGAUGAAAAUGAAGAAUUAAAAAAUUUACAAACAAAAUCUCAAAUUGAUAACAAUUUUGUCGCUGAUCGUGAAUUUUUCAAUAAAGAAAUGAAAAAUAUUGAUGUAAAAUUGCCAAAUGUACAAAUGGAAAAUCGUGAAUCACUUUUAAAUGAAUUUAAUAUAAACGAUGAAGAAACACUAAUGGAAUCAGGUAAAACUGUUGACAUUUGCAAUCGUGUUGAACAUAUUGUUACUGACAGUAUGGAUAUGGUUGAUGAUUCUGAAGAUCAAGAGGCAUUUAUUGAAUCGGGUAAAGUUGAUGAUCUUUGCAAUCAAAUUGAUAGUACACUCAAUGAAAAAAGCAAUGAUUCUGAAACAAUUGUCAAAGAAUUUCCAUUAUCAGAAAAAAAAGAUGCUUUAACAAUAAACGAAAAUGUGAAAACUGAGGAAAAUUUAAAAGAAAUUUCCAUUGAUACUAGUGCGAAAAAUAUUGAUAAUACUGAACAAUCACAAAAUGUUUCCAAAAAUAUUGAUAUUGAAUCUAUUAAAAAUAUUAACGAUAAGCAAAUUUCUGAAAUUCAAAACUAUGCGUCAAGAAAUGAAAUUUCAAAAAUCAUUGAAGAAGACACGGAAAAUAAAGAAGUUCCUGAAUUAGAAAAUAUUAAACAUACUGAGACUAAAAUUCCUGAAAAUAAAGAAAUUUUUGAUUCAAUGCCUGUGAAUAUAAAUGAAAAUGUCCCGAACAAGGAAUCAAUUGUCAAUAAAAUAAAUUACAAUAAAGAAUCACAAAAAUCGUUAAAUAAAAAAUCAUUUACUUUACAUGAUGAAGAAAUUGAAUCAGAUGAUGAUCCAUCAUUAAUUAUUCAGUCUUCAAAAAGAAGAAAAGAAGAAAUUGAUGAUACAUCUUAUGAAAUGAAUUUAUCACUUGCUAAAGAAUCAAUAAAACAAGUGCCUAUUAUGAAUCUUACAAAUCAUUCAAUUGUCGAGGAAGAAAAAAUUAUUGCCACCGAAAAAAGUGAAACAAUCAUUUCUAAAAAAGAUUCCAAUUUACUUAUUGAAGAUCUAACAUGUAAUAAAGCAAGAAUUGAUAUUUUACCCGAAGCUAUCACAGCUGAAAUUUCCGAAAUCAAAGAAUUCAAAAGAGAUGUUAUUAAAAGAUCUGGUAUUAAUUUUGAUACAGACGAUGAUAGUCCACCAGCUAAAUUAAAAUCACCAUUUAAUAAAAAGAUAAUUGAAAAUAUUGAUGAUAAUAUUUCAAGGAUUGAAGAUAAAGAAGCUAGUCAACAAUUUGAAACUACUAGUAAAAAUUUCCAAUCAUUAGAACAUGAUGACAGUGAAUCAUCAAAUAAAAAGGAAGAUACAAUCACUAAAGAUGAUGAAAUCAUCAAAAUUGAUGAAUCUUCCAGUAAAGAUGAAAAUCAAUUGGUAAAAGAUCAAAAAAUAUCUGAAAGUGAAAAAACUGAAGAUAUUGCUAUUAUUGAAAGUUCAGAUAAAAUUGAAGACUCCACAAUCACGGAAAUGAUAACGGAGAAAGAAGAUAUAAUUAUUGAGAGUUCAGACGAAGGUGAAGAUCUAGCGAUUAUUGAUAAUUUAGACGAAAAGGAAGAUGAUGUUAUGAUUAUUGAUAAAAGUGAAGAUCAUUCUGCUGUGAUUGAAACAUCAGAGAAAAAUGAAGAUCUAAUCACUGAAACAUCAGAGAAAAAUGAAGAUUUAAUCACUGAAACAUCAGAUAAGAAUGAUGACAUUUUGAUUGUUGAGACUUCGAAUAAAAGUGAAGAUAUCGCAAUCACUGAAUCAAACACACCCGAAAAAAGUGAAGAUGCAUCAUCAGUUACUGAAAUGACUUUGGAUAAAAAUGAAGAUGUUACAAUUGUCGAAACAUCGGAUAAAAAUAAAGAUGUUCCAAUAAUCGAAACAUUGGAUAAAAAUAAAGAUGUUGCAAUUGUCGAGACAUUGGAUAAAAAUGAAGAUGUUCCAAUAAUUGAAACUUUAGACAAAAAUGAAGAUGCUGCAAUUGUCGAGACUUUAGAUGAUAAUAAUAAAGAAACCGCUGUUAUUACGUCGACUUCCGCCGAAAGUGAAAGUGAAAUCGUGCCAAGUGUUAGUAAAUCAACAUUUGAUAACAGUGAAGUUGACAAAAAUGACAACAAAGAUUCCAAUGAAAAGCUCAAAACAAUUGAGAUCACAAAAGAUUCUAAAUCCACUGAAAAUCUUGAUGAAGAUACAAAAAUUGCAUCGAAAGCUCCUAAAGUUGAUGAAGAUUCCAAAAUUGUGGAAGAUUCCAAAAUUGUGGAAGAUUCCAAAGUUGCUGAAGAUCCCAAAAUUGUGGAAGAUUCCAAUGUUGCUGAAGAUUCCAAAAUUGUGCAAGAUUCCAAAAUUGUGGUAGAACCCAAAAUUGUGGAAGAUUCAAAAAGUGCUGAAGAUUCUAAAAUUGUGGAAGAUUCCAAAGUUUCUGAAGAUCCCAAAAUUGUGGAAGAUUCAAAAAGUGCUGAAGAUUCCAAAAUUGUGGAAGAUUCCAAAGUUGCUGAAGAUCCCAAAAUUGUGGAAGAUUCAAAAAGUGCUGAAGAUUCCAAAGUUGCUGAAGAUCCCAAAAUUGUGGAAGAUUCCAAAAUUGUGGUAGAACCCAAAAUUGUGGAAGAUUCAAAAAGUGCUAAAGAUUCCAAAAUUGUGGAAGAUUCAAAAAGUGCUGAAGAUUCCAAAGUUGUCGAAGAUUCAAAAAGUGCUGAAGAUUCUAAAAUUGCUGAAGAAUCCAACACAACUGAAGAGUCUAAAGUAACAGAAAAUGUCCGGGUCACUAGAAGUCUUCGCGUUAGACAAGAUUUGAAAACAGUGAAAAAUCUUGUGACUCUUGUUGAAACACCAGAAAUUAGUGAAUCAAAAUCACAGCCGGAUGAUUCGAUAAUAAUUGAUUCAGACGAUUCAAUGCCAUUUGAUUCGGAUAUAACAUUUAAUCCUCCCGAGGAAUUGGAUCCCCUUGCUGAUGAUGAGUCAUCGAAAACAAUAAUUGAGGAUUCAUCAAAAGAAAGUGAACCAAUUCAUCGAAUGAGUAUUCGAGUGAAAUCAUUUACUGAACUCACUGGUCGUCAAGAAGAGAGUAUAGAGCUACCAAAACCAACACGUAAACGUCGCAAGGCUGAAAUUGAUAUUAAUCUUGACGAUAUUAAAAAUGCUGAGGAUGAUAAUAAUCAAGUUGGCAAGAGAAUGAGAUUACGUGGAAGACGUGUUGAUAUGCAAUUGAGAAAAUCGGUUGAGGAUAGUCGUGUGAUUGCAAUAAGUUCCGAGGAUGAGACAGCAAAGAAUAUUGUUGUUCCAGUGAUUGUUGUUCCUGAAGAAUGUAAAGAGACAAGUAAUGAUGAUGAUGUUGUCAUUGAAAAUGAGAUUUCAUUGUCGAAAAAAGCUCGAGGAAGACCCCGUGGACGUAAAAGAAGAGGUGGUAGUUGCCGUGGACGUAAUAAACCAAAAAUACAAGGUCAAAGUCAAGAAGAAACACCGGAAGUUGAAUCGGAAGAUCAAGAAACUGAGGUACUUGACGAAUCACUAGAACAAAAAUCCCAAGAGGUGGAAGAAUCACAUAAAAAGGAGGUGGAAGAAUCACAUAAAAAGGAGGUGGAAGAAUCACAUGAAAAGGAGGAGGAAGAAUCACAUGAAAAGGAGGAGGAGACACAUGAACCGGAGGAGUCACACGAACCAGAUGAAACAAUUGACACCCCGGGAGCAGAAACACCCGAUUCAAAAAAGAAGAGAAAGAAACGAAAAAUGGUUCUUGGCUUGAUGAUCGGAAGAGAUAUGCCCGAAGGACAAGCUAAUGAAGAAAUGCCCGUGAGAGCUUCGAGAAGAAUUGCACAAUUGAAAAUAAAAGAAGAGGCCGAUAAAAGAAGAAUUGAGGAGGAGAUUAAAUCGAAAAAACCCGAAGAUUCACCGGACAAGAAGAAAAGAAAAAAGCAUAAGGAGAGUGAUGAGGAAAUUGUUGUUGUCAAGGAAGUUGAAAAGGAGGUGAAAAAGAAGAAGAAAAAGAAGAGAAGAAGGAAAGAGAAAAAAUUUAAUGAAUCAAAACCAUGGGAGAGUUCAACUGAUUCGAGUAGCGAUGAUGAGAAUGAAGCUGAAGAAGAAGAAGAAGAAAUUGAAAGUGACGUAUCAUUGGAAUUUAAAAGUGAUCAUGAAUUUUCACCAGAAAGUGAUUUAGAGAAAGAUGAAGAAGCCGAACCAAUGAGACGUGCAAGAACGGCAAGAAAAUCACAGAGCGAUGUUGAAGAGGCUGAUGAUGAAUACGCUUGUCAAAAAUGUGAAAAAGCCGAUCAUCCAGAAUGGAUUUUACUUUGUGAUAGUUGUGACAAGGGAUGGCAUUGCUCUUGUCUUCGACCAGCGUUGAUGAUCAUUCCCGAAGGUGAUUGGUUCUGUCCACCAUGUCAGCACACAUCAUUGGUAAUGAAAUUACAACAAAAACUUAAGGAUUUUGAUAGUCAAUCAAAGAAAUUUGAAAGUGAAAUGCUGAGGAAAAAACGUCUCGCCUAUGUUGGAAUUAGUCUUGAAAAUGUCAUUAGAAAGGAUGGUGAUGCAAAAGAAGAUGGAUCUAAAGGUUCAAGUCAAGGAUCUGAUGAAUCAUCAUCGUCAUCAACAUCAUCAAGUUCAGAAUCGAGUUCCGAUAAUUCAAGUAGUGAUGAAAGUGAACCAGUUUAUCAACUCAGAGAGCGAAGAUGUGCUAAUACUUAUAAAUUUAAUGAAUAUGAUGAUAUGAUUAAUGCAGCGAUUCAAGAUGAAGUUGAAGCUGUACAAGGUGCUGGAAAUCAAGGACGAGGGAAAGAUAUCACGACAAUUGUGAAUGCUGAAAAGGAAGAAGCUGAAGCUGAGGCUUUAAAGAAACAAAUGGAGGAUGAGGAUGAAAAUGAGGAGAAAUCGGAGAAGGAGAGCGAUGAGGAAUAUAAGGAAGAUAAGGAUGAUGAUGACGAGGAGGAUGAUGAUGAUGAAGAGGAGAAAAAGAAGAUCGUUGUGAGAAAACAAUUGGCUAGAAAGAAGCACAGGAAACUUAAUAGUUUGGAUGUUAGUAGCGAGGAUGAUGAUCGUUACAGUGAUGAAGACUUUAAGGGAUCGAGUUCCGAAGAGGAGGAUGAUGAUCGUAAUAGUUCAACUGAUGAAUCGUUCUCUUCUACAAGACGAAAAGGAAGAAAAGGUGCCAAGAGAGCUGUCAGAAGAUCCACCAGGGCUCGAACCACACGUUAUGAUGAAGAUUUCAUUAACGAUGACAGCGAUGACAGCGAUCGUCCAAAAAGAAAGAAGAAUCGAGGAUGGGACAAAGAAUCCGAAAGUGAGGAAAGUGACAAUUCAUGGAGACAGAGAAAAAAGAGAAGUAAAACAAUACCAUCGAAACCACGAUGGAUUAUGAAAACAAAAUCGAAAAAGAAAAAGAAGAGAAGGCGUAUUAUCGAGCAUUCUGAUAAUCAAAGUGAUAACGAAGAGGACGAGCAAAUUAGAGCAACAAUUAGCGAGAGUGUAGAAAAUAAAGAACAAGAAAUAGAAGACGCACAUCCAGCACCUGAAGUAAAUCAAACGGAAAAUCAAUUGCAAACUGAAGAAACUCCAUUGGCUGAAAAUACACCAGCGUUGGAAAAUUCACCGCAAAUGGAAGAAGAUGAAGAAGGAGAAGAAGAGGAGGAGGAAGAAGAAGAAGAGGAAGAACAAGAAGAGGAAGAAACAAUAACAACAACUGGAGAAGUGAGAGAAAAUCCAGAAACAAUGGACACAACGGAACCAUUGGAAAAUGAAAAUAUUCCAGUUGAAGAGGAUAAUGAUGAUGAAGAGGAAGAAGAGGAUGAGAAUGAUAAUGAGGAGGAAGAUGAGGAUGAGGAAGAGGAGGAAGAAGAAGAGGAAGUCGAUGAUGAAGAGGAACAUCAUCCUGAACCUCAACCAGAAGCACAAAUUGAAACGGAACCAAACAUAGAAGCUGGAAUUUCUUCUCAACCAAUUGUUCAACAAGAAUUAAUUCCACCACAAACUACAAUUUCAAAUCAAGAACAUGAAGAUGAGGAAGAAGAAAAAAUUCACGAACUCGAUAAAAUUCCAAUUCAUCCUUUAUUGGAAGAAUAUUCUAAAAAGCGAAAGAAGGAACAUUUUCCAAAGCAGAAAAAAAUUCGGCGAAAGAUUAUUUAUGGAGGACUACCUGAUGAACGACAAGAGCGUGAAGACGAAGUUCUUGGACGACGAACCCGAGGAAGAAAAAUUAAUUAUCAAGAAGCAAUGGCAUCUGACAGUGAAGAGGAAUUGAAGAAGGCUUUGAAAAAAACAGAAGAGAGCGAAGAUGAAUUCGUUGUAAAUGACAAUGAGGAAGUUAAUGAAGAUGCUGAAAACGAUUCAGGUGACACAUACUCGCCGAAGAAAGAUGGAAUGAAAGUAAAAUUGAAAUCGCCAAAAAUUAAGAAAUUGAAAAAAAAUAAAAGUCCAACGAGAAAAUUAGUGGAUGAGGAUGGUACUCCAAGGCCAAGAAAAAAGCCAGGACCAAAACCAGGUAGUAAAAAUAAGCCAAGAGCAUCAAAAUUAGAAAUGAAUCCAUUAAUGGACGAUGAGGAAAUGUUGAAAGGCGUUGAUGUUGAAGCAAUGGCUAAUCCAAUGGCAAUGGAGAAAGUCGAUAAUGUAUCAAUGCACGAUCCAAAUAUUUCUGGUUCAAGUUUAGUGACAGGUGAAGUUGGCGAGGGUUCACUAGCUGGUCUUGGCGCUGGUGAAUUGGCCGAUAUUGAUGAUGAACAACUCACACAAAUGAUGAUGGAAGACGAGGAAUAUGGUAAACGUCAACUUGAAUUGGCGGCAAUUGAAAUUGCAAAACGUAAAAAAGAAGAGCGUGAAGCGAAAAAAAUGGAAAAAGCACGUUUAAAAGCAUUGGAAAUAUUGGCGGCUGAACGUGAACGUGAAAAUGCUCCCGACGAUGGUGAUAUUCCAAAGAAGAAAAAACGUGGACGACGAAGUAAAGCGGAAAUUCUCGCCGAACAAAUGAGAAGAGAUGGAACAACUGAUAUUGCACUGCCGGGAAUGCCAUUAAUGACACCUGGAAUUCCUCCCCCUAUGACGUCAUCUCCCAUUUUAAUGUCACCUAAUCUCGCAACACCAAAUAUGACAGUCAUGCCUGGAAUGAUGGGUUCGGAUGUUGAAGGACACAUGUCCAUGAUGCCAGGUGGUGAUGGACAACUUUUCAGUCCCGAAGGUUCGCCCUUAAAGCCAAAACGAAGAGGUCGUGGUAAAGGUAAAAAGACCCUUGCACUAGAAGCUGCACGCGCUGCAGAGGCAAAUGCCAAAAAUCCAAUGGACGGUGGAAUGAUGGGCAUGGGCACCGAUUCAAAUCCAUCAUCCAAAUAUGAUGAGAUGCCAAAUAUUCUUCCAACUCCGGGUAGCAGUACUUCCGGUUCUGCACCAUCGACACCUCCAGCGCCUGGUUCCAAUAUUCAAGGAUCACCCUCAACGCAAACUUCCAACUCCUCACAGGGCUAUCCACAGCAGUCUUCCGUAAUUACAAGAAUGCUACAAUCACAAUCCGUUCCCGGUAGUCCGCAAUCAUUUACAGCAGCGGCAACAGCAAUGGGACAUAAAUAUUUUGGAGGACCAAAUCCAGCUGCCCAAAUUAUUGGCGGUCCUCGUCCUGGUUAUGACAUGCAACCACGUGGACGAAUUCCAUCACCAUAUCGUCAGCAACAAUCGGCGAUGCCACCUCAUUUUGCCGCCGUUCGCUCGGGAACACCACCAAUGAGAUUACGUGGUCCUGGCCCUCAAAUGUAUCACUCGUCACAUCAUCCAAUGGAUCCAUCGCCAUCGGGUGGCGGUCCAAUAUCAAUAAAUAAUCGCGAUCGUAGCUCACCACUUGGUCAUGUGCCAGGUAUGAUUCCACCAACAGCGGGAAGUCCUCUCGCAAAAGGUGAUCCAACACCGCCACCACCGCCUUAUGUACGUGGACCACCAAUGUCAAGAUUUCCCGAUAGUCCACUAAGACAUCAAAUGCCACCGUUUGCUGGCGCAUCGCCAGGUAGUCAUUCACUUCAACAACCAUCGCCGCCGCCAAGUCGUCCACCAGGUAAUUUUUCACCUUAUCAUCCACCACCACCGCCUAAUUAUCAUUACGGUGCCUAUCCACCACCACCACCAAUGACAACCGCUGACGAUGCUGCUGCCUAUCAAGGCUCACCAUAUCCCGCUGAACAUUUCUCAACAUCCGCCGAUAAUCAACCAUCAACGGCUCCUCCUCCCCCUCAACCACAACAGCAACAACCACCACCAUCACAACAGCAACAACAACCAUCUCAUCCCCAACAACAUCCAAAUGAUGAGGAAGGUACCGGUGAAUUUGGCGGUCUCGUUUCAUACUUUAGUAGUCAACGAGAAGAUGAUCUUGAAUCGUAGCAAGAUCUUGGCUAACAUUAAAUCCCCAUUUAUCUAGUGAUUAAAGGGGAAAUUGUUUUUUAGCAAAGGGAAUUUUCUUUUCAUCUUUGUAUACCAGAAAAAAAAAAAUAAUUCUUUCUACUUUCAUAUUGAAAAAAAAGAGUCGGAGGAUUUUUUUUCAGACUCGAUGUGUGAUGUGUAGUUCCCCCCUCACCCUUCCCCAUAUGUGCGCGCUUUUAUAAUAAAAACAAACUUCUAGUUUUUUUUUUUUUUGUUUUUUUGUGUGUGUGUGUGUAUGCAUGUAAUAUUGUGUAUGUUUGUGAUGAAACGAGGUGAAAGAAAAAUUUUUAUUGUCAAAUCGAUAAUUUGGGCAUACAUAUUAGGACAAUUGUAACGACGACGACGACGACGACGCCUUUCUCUCUGAUUCCAGUCUCAAAAAAUCGAUAAAGGAAAAAUUAUUUUGAACUAAUUUCGCUGCCAAUUAUCAAAUAAGAAUUGUCCUUUAUAAUCAAUUAUUGAUUAUUUAAAAUGAAUUAUUUAUCAAGGUAUAGAUUAUUUACAAAAAAAAUAUAUAAAUAUAUAUAUUUAUCAAAAUAAAUAUUAUUUACUGAAAAAAAUUUUUUCGAUCUACAUUAAUCAGCAAUAAGAUUGAUAAAAGAUCAGUAAAAUUAUUAUAAAUAAAAAUUGGUAAAGAGAUAUUGAUAAAUAAAUCAAAACUAAAUGGUAAAUAAUUGGAAAAAAAAACUAAUAAUGAAUCAAGAAAAAGAAAUAAUCCAGAAAAAAUUGAUAAAUAAUGAAUAGGAUUCAUAUUGAUUAUUUAUGAAAAAAAGGUGCUUAUGAAUUUAUAAAAAUCAUUAAGAUUAUAUUAAAAUAAGAAACACUGGAAAAAUUUAUCAAUACGUUUCUUGUUGAUUAUUUAUCAGUAAAAAUUUUUUCUAGCAUUUUUUUUUUAAUAUAUAUAAAAACGAUGACUUUUAUAACAGAAAGUAAGAAAAAAAAAACAAAGAGCUGGAAAUGAGAAAUUGACGAUAGAUCUGAUGCGCUCCUUUACACGGAUUUUUCAGCUCAGGUAGAAAAAAAACAUAUGUUUUGAAAAAAAAAGAAAAUGAUAAUUGACUUUUAAAAAACAGGUGUUUUAUUAUUAUUAUUAUCAUUUUUUUUUGUAAUCGAGUCCCAAUGGCCUCUACAUCAAAGUUGUUUUUUUUUAAUUUUUUUUUCUUUUUAACGAACGGGUAAAUCAUUAAUAAAAGCCGUUGUUACUUGUACAUAUGUAAAUAAUACGAAUCCUUUAGAUUAUUAUAUUGUAUAUGUAUUAUAUACACAGUCAAGCAGAUCACAAAUGUAAUAUUUAAAUUAAAAGAAACAAAAGAAAAAAAAAAGUGGAAAGGAACGUCAUCCGAUUAUAAUAAAUUAACAAAAAAAAAAAAUAAAAUAAAAGGUGUGAAGACUACUACUAUAAUUAUUUAUAAAGAAAAAAAGAUUUAGAAUUUAUAAUAGGCAGCAUAUUGUAUUUUACAAAUUUUACUUGAUAAUGAUUAUUAUCAUUAUUAUUAUAAUUAUUACGAUUAUUAUUAUUAUUAUGAUUAAAAUGAAAUGAAAAAAAAUACCAGUAAGCUUACUGGAAUGAGUCGAAGAGCACGAGGCUGCUGAAAUUAAAUAUUGACAAAAUCGACAUUUUUAUUUUUUGUCCUCGAGUUUCUUCGAUGUGCAAUAACAGAAUUUUUCAUUUGCUUACGAGAAUGUUUAUUUUUAUAUUAUAUGUGUACUCUCUUUUUUUGGGCGAUAGCAAAUUAUAUCAAAAGUUUUCUAAUAAUCGAGGAAUUUUUGUCUCGUUUUAUAUUCAAAUUCUAUUCAUUAUUAAUUCUAAAUUAAUAAUAUGUGUAAAACUGUACAUUUUUUAAAAAUUUGAUUCGAAAAAAUUUUCGAUACUGUCUCUGGAUGUUUUUUUUUUUUUGUUAAUUAUAAAUAUUGAAAAAAAAAUAAUUUUCGAGGCAGUUUCCACGAUUGUUAAUUAACUUUUUUUUCUUUGUAAAUUUCAUUAUUAUAUUCUUCGAUAAAAAUUUAUUUAACAAUAAGUGAUCAAUUUAUAGGGUGAGCAACGUUUUUUUUUUUUAAAAAAUAAAUUUACAUUGAAUUUUUUUCUAUUUGUCACAAAGAAAGAAGUAAAAUCGAUAAAAAAGAAAACUUAUUUUGAUUUUAUUUCUUUUUCUCUAAUUUUCAAUGUAAAUUUUUCGAAUAAUUAUUUUCUCAAUUUCAGUUAAUUGAUUAAUUUAAUUUUUUUCAAAAUAUUUUCAUCUGUACAGUAUAAUUCCAUUUAUAAAAAAUAAAAUGGUGGAAAUUGUAAAAAUUGGCGUCAAAUAAGGAUUUUUUUUUCUAUUAUUUAAUAAUGGUUAUUUCAGUUGGGAAAAUUUAUUUUCUAUAUAAAGAAUUCACAAUUUUUUAUGUAAAAUAAAUUUUUUAUGACAGAAAAUAUUAAAUAGAAAAAAAAAAUGUCAAAAAUUUAUUUGAAAAUUUUUUGUAUUUACAUUUUUUUUUGUUUUCUAUUGAUACUAACAUAAGAUGUUUUAAAUUUGAAAGAAUUUAAAUUUAAAAAAAAAAUAAAUAACUGAAAUUGAGAAAAUGUUUUUCUUUUUUAUAAAGAUGCAAUCUCUUGAUCUUCGACGUCUGCAAGCCUAGUGGUGAUGCGUAACAGAAAAAAAAACUGUUUAGUUAUCACGAGUAAAUGCAUACCUAAUAUAAAUAGAAAUUAUAUGAAUAAACGAAAGAUAUUACAUUAUCUUAGGAUUAGUAGCUUGGGAUAGUUUCCUUUACUUCGAACGUUAUUCAUGGCACGACAACUCAAUGUUUACAAAAGUGACAUUUCAAUUUUGAACAUAAAACAAUGUAAUCGAAGUUUACUAAAGGAUAAUUUUUAUUCAUUUUUUUUCUUAACCUUUUUACGACAAAUUUUCGAUAUAAUAUUAUUAUAAUUAUCAUAUUAUUUAAAUAAUUUUUUUUCUGCGUCCGUUUCUAAUCAUUUAUUAAUUUAUAUAAUAUGUCGAUUCAAAUUUUGUCCAUUUUUUCAUAAAUGUUAAAUUGUUGAUCUUUUAUUUAAUUUUUUUUAUAUUAAUUUUCUAUAUUAAAUUAAUUUGUAACUUUUUUCUUUUGUUAAUAAGUCGGUUUUUAAUUGAAAACAAACGUUGAAUUUCAUAAAUAUUAAAUAAUUUUUAUUUAUCUAAUAUGUUAUUUAAUGUUUUAGUAAUAAUUUCAUUAUAUGGAAAAAUUAAUUCUAUUUUAAAAUGUCUGCAUGUAAAAAUUUGUUUAUAAUAAAAAUAAAUCAGGUGCGCACGCAGAAAAAAAUUAUGAGGGGAGAGAAAAACAUUUUUUUUUUUAAAAAAAAGACUACAAAAUAUUUUUUUUUGUUUCAGUAAGGGUCUAGACCAAACGCAAUUAUUAUAUUACAUGUUGUAGCCUAAUUACAGACGUUUUGUAAUAAAAUUCAGUAUAUUGAA